AUGGCUGCAGUAGCCCAACCACAACUUUCACUAGCAUCAUCAACAACCACGUCAUCAAAGCCGAUGACGACAAACUUGACAACCGCAGCAUCGUCUGCUGCGACGAUCCUGCUGCCGCCCGCGGCAUCGCUGCUCGAUCAACUACUUGAAAACACAAAGUCGCUUCCGCGGAACGUGACGGGGCUCGGCGCGAUCCAGCUCGGGAUUAGCGAGAUCGCAGGCAAGGCGCGGAGUCUACGGUCGCGAGCGCCGGUGUCGGCGGACGGGGACACAAAGGCGCAUUAUCUGCUUGCGGGAUCGGGGAUCAAUGCUGAGGACAUCGCGCAGGAUCUCGAGACGAUCAGCUUUCACACUACGUUUGAGUCUGGUGGGAACGCUGGCGGGGCAGGCAGCGGUGGCGGUAGCGGUAGCGGAGGCGUGAGUGGUGGGAGCGGGUACUCGUCUGCAGCGGCGGUCGACAGCGAUAUUGUCUCAUACCUGCGGCAGAAGCGCGAGGAGAGCAUCGUGGCCUCGAUCGAGGACUCUGUGCGGCAGACAAACAGGAAGUUCGACGCGUUCGUGUCGGCGAAUAUCAGGCUUCAGUGGAACUACGAAAAGCUGCUGGUCUGCGAGCAUUUUGGCCUGGUGCCCCGCGGAACGGCAGGUAAACUUGCCGCCGAGCUCGGGAUCUCGACAACCGGUGGCUCUGCUGCUGCUGCGUCAUAUGACGCGUCGGUCGCGGCGAGCGAGGGCGGCGUGUCUCUGUCUGGAGAGUCUGCGCAGAGACGGGCGAGUAAGGCGCAAGCGUUGGGACCUGGUGCUGCUGGCGGAUGGAAAAAGUCGUCGCUGGGUCGGAGCGUGCUUGGUCCUAUCUCGGGCUCGCUCGAUUUCGCCGACGUCGGAGGCGUGGAUUACCAGCAACAAGCACAGCAGACGUCGACGCAGAAACAGCAGCCGCAGCAGUCGCAGCAAGCAGGCGUGAUGCAUCAGAUGCGACAGAUCCGGUACGCGUACGUCGUCCAUGAACUCAACGACGCCAGACUUGCCAAACAGACUUAUCCGCUUUUGCGCGCGUUCAAGGAAGUGGUCGCUAGCCUUGGCUCGGAUACACGGUCACUCCAACUUCGCGAUUCAUGGGGUAUCCUCGAGAACCUUGUUCCGGCCGAUCGGGGCGAGCGGUCUUUUGUGAGGAUGUACUGCAACCAGUCGGCGUCGUCGGCGACCUCGGUCGAGACGGUGCAGAUGAAGCAGCUGAUUGCGCGGAGCUCGAGACAGUUUUUGGAGAAGCAGUUUUUGGAGACUGUCGAGGCUGAUAUCUCAAAGUAUCCGCUUGAGGCCGAGCUCGGUGGUGUGCCGUCGGUUAUCAAUAAGAUUCUUGCGUAUGUGAAGCUACGGUUUGCAAAGAACGGGCAGUGGGUUGCCCAGAAUCUCGAGAUUAUUAACAACGUUCCUAUCUGGGCGUUGCUGUAUUAUCUCAUCCGAUCUGGUCUGGUGGAGGAGGCAGUGCAGUAUACGAUCGAAAACGACAACUACUUUCAAAAGAUUGAGCGCACGUUCCCGACAUAUCUGAAAGCCUACGCGCGAUCGGAAGACAACGAACUGCCGCGCGAGCUUGCGGAGCGUCUGCAGUCUGAGUUUAACCACCAUAUUCGCAACUACGAUCCCAAGUCGGACGACCCGUUCAAGUACUCGCUCUACAAACUGCUGGGCCGGUGCGAGCUCAAUCGGAAGCAUAUCCCCGAAGUGCUGCGGGUGACGGAGGAUUGGAUGUGGGCACAGUUGAUGCUGGUGCGCGACUCUGUUGCCGCAGCGGGGGAUGUGUUUGGCGCGGGCAACAGUGCGUCGGCGGUAGGCGGGGCGUCUGAGCGGUACAACCUGGAGGAUUUGCAGAAUAUGCUGGUGCAGCUGGGAGCGCGGCAUUUCAACUCGCGGGGCACGAAUCCGAUGCUUUACUUCCAGCUUUUGCUGCUGAGCGGGCAGUACGAGCGCGCGGUGCACUAUGUGUACAAGCUGCAGCCGGUUGACGCGGUUCACUUUGCGAUUGCGUUGACGUACUAUGGACUGCUGCGACCGGCGCUAGAGGAAUCAGCAGCGUUCGAUGCCGAUCUCUUGAUUUUGAAUAGCAAGAGCCAGCAGCCCGAGAUCAAUUUUGCGAGAUUGAUUGGGUACUAUACGCGUGAUUUCAGACGUACGGAUGCUAGCUACGCGUUUGAUUAUCUGGCGCUGCUGUGCCUGAAUGGCGAUCUAAGGGGAAGCGAGGAUAGUUCAGUGGCAGGCCGGAAUAAGAAGAGGUCAGCGAUCGAGGAGGAGACACCGUAUCUGCGAUUGUGCCAUGAGGCGAUUCGGGAGAUGGUGUUGGAGACGCGGGAGUUUGCGGUCUUGCUCGGAGAUAUUCGGGCAGAUGGCGCGCGCGAGGCGGGAAUAAUUGAGCAGAAGAUGGCGCUGAUUAAUAUUGAGGACGAGGAGCAUUUUCUGCGGACGAUUACGGAGCAAGCAGCCGAACAGGCGGACCAGGACGGACGUGUGACGGAUGCGAUUUUGCUCUAUCACUUGAGUGAGGAGUAUGAUCGGGUGCUGUCGAUAAUAAACAAGACGCUUGGCGAGUCGCUUGCGAUUGCCGACCUAGGCACGACGUCUGAGGGAGGAGAUGAGAAUGCGCUGGGCGGAGUGAGCAUGUCGCUUGCGGGUAAGGAGAACCCGGUGCAGCUUGCGCGGGAGGUGAUUUCUGUGUACGAGAGCAAUGGGGAGAUUGUGCGCAAGCUGUCGCCGCGGAACCGGGAGGCAUGCGGGAUGCUGCUGCAGAUCAUGGACGCGCGAAGGGCGUACGAGAGCGGGCAGUGGGAGACGUGCCUGGGGUAUAUUUCGGGGAUGAGGGUGCUUCCGCUCGAACUGGACAACGACACUGGCGGAAUUAGGCGGCGAGCGCAGAAGUUUAGCGAGUUGAAUGAGAACGUUGCGCGGAACGUGCCGAUGUUGCUUGUGAUUGCGAUGGAAUGCUGUGUGAGGAUCACGCGGGAGAUGGAUAGUAGCGCAUUUGGAGAUGCUACGCGCAGCAAGGGGGAUAUCGGAAGAAGAAAGGAGGAGGAGAUUAGAGUUGGCAAAUGA